GGGUUUUUCGUCACUUUUCGGAUUCGUAUCGCUUAUUGGAUGGCUUAGCGGCAAAGUGGUUGAUGUUGUUAUAAAAUCAAAAUAUUGUAAAUCUUGUGAAUUUUGGGAGAAACAAGAAGACACUGAGAAGUACAAGGAAUGGAUCGAAACGCAUGAAAACGAAUGCCAAGCUAACCACGAGGGCUCCGCCGGAAAGAUGGAGGUGGACGCCGUCAUAGAAAUGUUCCAGCGCUCAAAUUCUUUGCACAAUUUAAAAUAUGCAAAUUACGUGGGGGACGGAGAUUCUAAAACUUUUAAAGGUAUCAUGGAUUCAGAGCCUUAUGCUGAUUUCACAGUUAUGAAGAAAGAGUGCAUCGACCACGUACAAAAGCGAAUGGGUACUCGCCUUCGCAAUUUAAAAAAAAAUACAAAAGGACUCGGAGGAAAAGGCAAGUUGACAGGUAAAUUGAUCGACGAGUUGUCAAUUUAUUAUGGAUUAGCUAUACGCCGCAAUCAUGAUUCCGUAGAAAAAAUGCGGAAUGAAAUUUAUGCGACGCUAUUCCAUAAAAUAUCAACCGACGAAAAACCGCAGCACGAAAAAUGCCCGUCCGGAGAAAAUUCGUGGUGUUCAUGGCAAAAAGCACAGGCCAUUGGUAAUGUCGAUUACAAGCAUAAACCACCUCUCUCGACUUCAGUUUUUGAAGCAAUUUUACCAAUUUAUAAAGAAUUAAGCAGCGACGAUCUGCUUACUCGUUGCAUCGGCGGCUAUACUCAAAAUAGCAACGAGAGUUUCAAUUCGACAGUUUGGUCAAUGGCUCCGAAAUCGACCUCCAGUGGCAAGCAUGUGCUUGAUACUGCCAUAUAUAUCGCUGUAGGUAUAUAUAAUGAUGGCCUAUCAAGUGUUAUGAGGCUCAUGCAAAAUUUAGGCAUGAAAAUUGGGACGAAUUGCUACAAUUUCUGCGUCGAAACGGACGAGCGCCGCAUCAAGUAUUCGGAGCGAUCGCUGACUAAUGCUGCAAAAGAGGCCCGAUUGCUUUUAAAAUCAUCCAGGAAGGAAGAAGAAGAGGCGAGUAUUAAUCUGGAUGGCCAAAUGUAUGGUGCAGGCAUCGCUGAUUAAAGGUCUUAUAGUUCACGAGAAAUUGGUUCGCUAAUGGAAGCGUUUUUUAAAAACGUCAUUUUGAAGAUUGUCUCUCUCGUCGCCAUUUUGUAUAAAAAAAAUAAUAAAAAAU